AUGGCGGAUAUUAUCAUCAGCAAAGAUGUUGAUAUAAUUGAAGAGAAAGGGAUUAAAGAAAAGAAAGGAGACGUGAUUAUUGAAAAGGAUUUGAAGAUAAAAUGUGAUGUUUACAGGAUCAGAGGAGAAGAGCCUUCGCUUCAUUACAUCACUCUCUCUGGCCUCUUCCUACCUCAGCGCUACCUGUACAUCACCUUUCGUCCUUUAUCAAGAAAAUAUUUUAUAAUUAAAAUGGAGUCGGUUCUAAAAGGAAAGAAGGAGCCAGUGAUUGUAUCGAUAUCAAACAUUAUCAAUAAACUUAAAAUAUCAAACGCCACUUUAGACGUCCCGUAUUACUUCACUGAAACCACACCCACCAAUCAGGCCACGCCUACACCCGAUCAUUCAUCAUGUUGGACGUGUUUAGCUAUUGAUCUUCACUCAUUAGCGUCAGAUUAUUGGGGGUGUGGUCACGAAUAUAUCACUUCGAUUACGAUACAUGCUAAUUUAUAUCUCAAGAGUUUAUUAGCUAGUGAUGUGCUCUACCGCCCACACACUAACGAGCUCCCACCAAUACUGAGACUGCCUGUUACUAAAGGGUUAAAAUAUGAAGACACGUAUCACUUUAGGAUCAUACCACAGCAGAUGUUCGGUGAUAAUAAUAAUAAUAACAGAAUAAUUAAACUACGCUUUAAUGAAAAUCACAAGGAGGUGUCGUCAAGCCUUUUAUCACUUAAUAAAUUGAUUGGAAGCUCUGCUACUAACAUCAAUCAGUUGAUAUUAUCUAAGCAAGGAAAUAAAGUCUAUUACACCUGUCAAAAUGUCAUCAUUGCUUUAGAAACUAAGACUUUAAAUCAAGAGUUCUUCAUUGGCCAUACUGAAAAGGUUAUGAGUAUUGCUUUGAGCUGUGAUGGGUGGAGACUAGCCAGCGCUCAGUUUGGGGGUGUGGUCAGACUAUGGGAUACGCCUACAGUGUGUUGCUUAUCAGUCAUAAAAUCCAAUCAAUUAAUAUCCGGAUUAAGUCUUUCUUAUACAGGUGCCGUAUUGGCUUGUAUAGGAAGGGCAGGAGGCGGGGCAGGGGGUGGGGCUGGAGGGAAGAAAGUGCUCUCUAUUUGGAAUGAUAAUGAUUUAAAUAUUAAGUCUAUCACUGAUGUAGAUAUUAAUGUAUUGAGAAUAUCACCUUUUGACAGUACAAGACUCAUUUCCUGUGGUUGGAAUAAUGUGAGGUUUUGGCGUGUCAAAGAGAACGUGUUGAGAUCCUCUCCUGUUAAUCUGUUGGACUAUCAUGAUGAUUACUAUACUGAUAUACAGUAUCACCCGAAUAUAAAGAAUAAUGGAAACAUCUAUUCUUCGUCCAGUUCUGGUAAUGUUAUUGAGGUUGACUAUCAGUCCUUCUCAGUUAAGAGGGUGUGGCAGUUAUUCCCUGACGUCCCAGGAGGCGUGGCUAUCACCUCAUUAUAUAUUCAUGAAGGGUUUUUCAUCACCGGAACUUAUGAUGGAUACGUUAGACUGUGGCCUGCUGAUUUUAAACACGUCACAAUGGAAACUAGACAUGAGAAACCAAUUAUAGCAGUAGGCGGAGCUAAGGAUGGGCUUACUGUAAUGGGAGCCAGUGAAGGUCAAUUAGGAAUGAUUGAUGCUCUUAGUAAAAGCUAUACUACACUACUAAGGUCCCAUACUGACAAUAUAAUGGAAGUAAAAGGAAAUGAUGAAUACUUACUAACAAUAUCUGAAGAUAACAGUGUUAGAAUAUGGGCCAAGCAAUCACUGGAACAGGUAUAUGAGUUUAAUGGAGACGAUAGUGCCAUACCAUUGACUGCUGACAUUCACCCUAUUAAUAAUGAUUUAAUUAUUAUCGGUUAUAAUAAUGGGACGACAAGAUUCAUUAACUUAUAUAGUGGGAACGUUCUCUCUGAACACAAACACGAGGGCUCAGUUAAAAGUGUGUUGUUCACUAAAAAUGGCAAAAAGUGUUUUGUGAGUGACAGCAACGGCUCAUUGUACUUAUAUAAUGAAGCUACUAAUAAUAACUAUAUAUUAAUAACCACACUGGACAGUAUAGUUUGUUCUGGAAAGCUUAUGAUAAAUGAUGAUGAUACCCUGCUUGGUUUUAUUGGCCCAUUGCCAUCAAUUGUCUCAAUAUAUUCUAUAAAAUCAUUACAACUGUCGGUUCAUAUUGAUGUUUCUGUUGGAGAAGGUAACAGUAACUUGUUACCUGUUGAUGCCUGCUUCACUAGUAAUGAGAUUAAUCAUAUCGUAAUACUGACCAAUCAGAAUAGAGUAUUGAAGUACAGUGCUUUUAAUGGACAAUUUAUUUCCCAAUAUACUCCUACUCAUCAUGCUUCAUGUGUCUCAGUUAUUAAUAACUCAUUAAUAACUGGAGGAGCUAGCGGUGAACUAUCAGUCAGUGAUUAUCAUACAAGAGGUGAAGACCAGAAUUAUAUUGGUACAAGUGGGCGUGUCACUGGAUUAUUAGGUUAUUCAAAUUAUUUGAUAUCAGCCUCAGGAAAUGCAUUAUGUCAUUGGAUACUGACUCCACCUACUGAAAAGAUGACCCCGCCCACUAAUGAGUUGACUCCGCCUAUUAAUACUUCACUUGUUUGUGGUCCUUGGCCAAAUGUAGAGUCAUUGACCACGCCCACUUCUAAUGAAACUGAUGAAAUAUUGAUAUCUCGUACGCCUCAUGGAGGGGUGGAGCUUACUUUGACCACACCCACAGAUAAACCACGUGAUGUUGUAGUUGCCAGUAAACCAAAGGGUUCUUAUAUUUAUAACCAGCCACUUUAUUCUAAACCACACCCACUUUUAUCAACCAACCAGCCCAGUAUGUCUCUACAGAAUGUUCAUGGUUACAAUAACGCAGGACGUAAUAAUGUGAAAUGGAUAUUUAAAGAAGGGUUAAUUGUGUAUUCCAGUGGUAGUACAAUCAUUAUUAACAAUUUAAAUACUCUUUCUAAUCAAUCAAUGCUAACUGGUCAUAACACUGAAAUAUCAACAGUGGCUUUAUCACAUGAUGGGUGGAGCCUUGUAUCAGCUAGCCACUCCCACAAAAACUGGCCGUGUGAAGUUAGAAUAUGGGAUAUUGAUACACAUAAAUGCACUAAGAUAUUAAAUAUUCAUGAAAUUGGUGUCAUUGCUAUGGAAUAUUCUUUCGACGAUCGCUAUCUUUUAUCAGCUGGUGAAGAUCAUGUACUAUCUGUAUACUGUAUUAGCACUGAAAUGAUUAUUAUUAACAUUAAGACGACUGAGUUGAUUAACGCCAUUGCUUGGGACCCCAUCAAUGCUUACGAGUUCAGCAGCAUCAGCAAAGAUGGAGUUACAUUUUGGAUAUUGGAAGAAAAGUCAGGAACACUACAGACACAUAAACCAACCGCUAAUGUCAAAGAAAUGACUGGUCUCUGUUACUCUACUAGUAAUUACCUUUUUACUGGAGGGAGAGAUGGAUCUCUAAGUAUUUGGAAUACUAAUAAUAACGAUUGUAUAUUCAGCUGGAACACAGGCUGUCGGGAAAUAAGUUGUAUGGUUGCUAAUAGUAAUAAGGUAAUGGUUGGUAGUCCUGAUGGGUUGGUUCAGUUAUGGUUGAUUGAUCCCUCAGACCCCAGCCCCACCUCUAUACUGGACCAUUCAUUGUAUGUGGUGGGUGGAGCUUACUCUCUCUCUUUUAACCCUCAACUAACAAUGGGUUUAAUUGGUUGCCUCUCUAUAUUUUUCGUGAAUUGGGCUGAAAGGGUUUCCUCCGAUUUGAUGUUCAGUCACCAUGGUAACGUGAGGAGCAUGGCUUAUUCGUCUGAUGGGCGUGUCUUUGGAUCAUGUGACGAUCAUGUGACCAAUCUAUGGGCCACUAGCGACUGGACAAAUCUAUUACAAUUUAAAUCAAAAAAUGUUGCUACGGCAAUAGAGUUGAUUGACCACGCCCACCAGUACCUGUGUGCCAUUGGGUACACUGACGGUUCAGUGACUGUCUGUAAUAUAACGAGUGGGCGUGUACUGACUACUCACCGCCCACACAAAUCAGAAAUUAGAAAAUUAAUGUCAUCUGCUAGAGAGACCUCAUUAUUACUUGGUUAUUCUGAUGGACUAUUGCUCUCCAUUGAUGCUUAUAAUGGAAACGUUAAUUAUAAAAUAUCUUCACACGAGGGAAGAGAAAUCACCGAUUUGGACCGCAACCUUUUUAAAGUUGGAUUACCUGGUGUUGUUAAUGUCAACGAAGAGAUAUGGUUGAUAUCAAGUGUUGAUCAGCGUAUCAGUGUCUGGAUCAAUAAUACACUAUUGGACUGGAUUACAUUUCCUUCUUCCAACAAACAAUUACAGUAUCAAUCUAAUUCUUCAAUACCAACGUUAAGUCGUUUUUCCCCCACUGAGCCAGAUGUUAUCAUAUACUCUGGCUAUGGAUCUGAGAAAUGUUUAUACACGUACAGUUUAACUCAGAAAAGGGUAUUCAAGAAAUUGCAAAUUAAUUACUGGCCUAUUUGUUUAUCUGUAUCUCCGAUCAGCCAGCUAAUAGCAAUUGGCUCAAGAGAGCAAGUCAUUAUGCUAAUCGAUUGCGAUGGAGCGUAUCAUGAAAGCUCCACUCACUGUGAUGCUGUGUCAGAUGUAGCAUUCUCUCCUAGUGGAGGUCAAUUAGUAUCAUCAAGUCAAAAUACGCAUCACAUUUGGUCAUAUUAAUGUACGGGGUUGAAGAGUUGUUAGAAGGCGAGAGGAGAGACUUUACGAAACUUUUUGAAACCUCGGUGACAUAUUGAUCAUCAAACAUCA